AUGAUUGUCUCAAUUAUCCUUAUAUUAUUUCUUCAAUUUAUUUAUUCAACUGCUGCAACAGCAAAUGAUAUCGCUAAUAUUCGGUAUAGUUCUUUAAUAUCAGCACAAUGUAAAGCACGCUGUUUAUAUGAAUAUCGAAAUCAUCAUCAUCAACAACGUUCGGUACCAGCUACAUUCAAUAAUGAAAAAUCGAAAAGAGUACUGGUGAGAUCAAAAAAGAAAACCUUCUUUAUCUAUAAUUGACACUCAAAAUUAGUCUUUGCCCACCUAGUGAGGCUAUCACCUGUGAAUGUUACAUGCUGAGACAAGGAUAUAUAUUGAUAGACUUUUCCUUCGAGGUUAAGAAAACAUGCACACUAUGUAGUUUUGUUUAUUUAAUCAAGCUUUUUGCUUAGAAAUAAUCUCAAGGAAAUACAAAAAAAAGAAAUCUGGAAUUGACAUAAUGAAAAAAAAUAUUGAUCUACUUUGAUCUAAAAUAUUUUCUUUUAAAUUCUUUUUUUCUAAUUGCUAAUGAGGGUAUUUCUUUUUGUCGUUGAAUUUAUAUAUGUAUAUAUAAAACAUUAAACACCUUUCUUUUCAUCUUCGUUUGAGCAAUGCACAAUUAAGCCUCAAGAUAUGUACAUUCACUUUACUCUGUCGAUUAAGCUAUUUGACAAACAAAAUUAGUUCGAAGAAUAUCAAAUUUGAUUUUGUUUCAGUUAUUAUAAGAAAAAACAUAAAAAUGAAGGUGUUAUUUAUCCAUAUAUACAGGUGCUUCCGUUUCUCAUUUAGUUUAGACUUUAGCUUUUUUUU